AUGUUCCGCACAGCAGUCCUCCGUUCCGCGGCCGCCGCCUCGCGCGCCAUCCGUCCCGCCGUCCAGCAGUCCGCUCCCCUCGCCCGCAGCUCUCUCGUCGCGCCCCGUGCCGCCUUCGCCCGCGCCGCCCCCAAGGCCGUCUCCGUCCGCUUCUACUCUGCCGCCACCGGCCUGAACAAGGACGAGGUUGAGGGCCGCAUCUUUGCUCUGCUCCAGGGCUUCGACAAGGUCAACGACCCUGCCAACAUCAAGUCCACUGCCCACUUCGCCAACGACCUCGGUCUCGACAGCUUGGACACCGUCGAGGUCGUCAUGGCCAUUGAGGAGGAGUUCAGCAUCGAGAUCCCCGACAAGGACGCCGACACCAUCCACUCAAUCGACAAGGCCGUCGAGUACAUCCUCAGCCAACCCGAUGCUCACUAA